AUGGUGACAACGGAGGUUAGUAGUGAUUCCAAUUGUGUUACUCCUGGAAAAUGUGAUUCUGUAACGAUAAAUCUGGCUAGAAAAAAGUCUACAGUUAGGUUUGAAUGUUUUGAAAGAUACAAAUCCAUCUAUGAUUUUUCAGAUGCCGUAGAUUCAGUCUUAACAUACAUGGAUUAUUUGAGACCUCCUCCAAAUGAAUUUGGAAGGUUAUUAGGAAAAGAUCCAUCAAUUUGGGGGACAAAGAAUAUAAAUAAAUCUACAGCAAGGGUCUUGCUGUACAGAGGUGAUGAGAGAUAUAUCCUGGUAGUGCCAACCAACUCCAAUAUGACACUAUUCCACGAACGUGGAGACUACUCAUGGGAACGUAUCAACACUCAAGUAAACUUGUCAAAGCUGGAAAUUGGUGAAGGAUAUACUCAUGAUUUUCAAGAGUAUUUUCAUUCCGAGUUAGGAGAUUCUAGGGACCUCAACAAGCUUGAAGAUUCAGAUCCAUUUGAACCUUAUUACUAUGAUCUUGAUGAGACUAAUUUUAAAAUUGUUUUCAAUACGUUUUGCCAUAGUAUUUCAUAUUCUGGGAACAUAAUUUGGGAACGAACCAGAGAUAACGCUCGCCACGGCUAUCCCAAUUCCCUCAAUUUUGACCUGAUUUCAGGUGAUGUAACCAUCACUUUCAUCGAUGGAACUACUGAGCCUCUGUACAGUAUUAGACCUAAUGUCAAACGAUCUAGACGUGGAGAUAAUUCCACUAUCUUAGUUAACCUGAAACUUGAACCAAAUAAUGAAAAUUCUGAUAUAAAUAAUGAAAAUUCUGAUAUAAAUAAUGAAAAUUCUGAUAUAAAUAAUGAAAAUUCUGAUAUAAAUAAUGAAAAUUCUGAUGUAAAUAAUGGAAAUAUGGUGAAGGAGCCAUUUGAACCAAAGGUUAUAACUCUAGACAUAUCGACGAUAAUGUCAACAAACGAGUAUAAAACGGUUUCUGGUCCAGGUUUCCACCAUUUCAAGGCUAAUGAUGGGUUUGUGUUUGGGAAAAUAGUUGAAGGCCGUAGAGUGAUUAAAAAAUUAGAUAAUCCCAUAAAGUGCUAUGAAGUCUACGAAGUCUAUCCCGCGUAUUAUGACAACGAUAAUUCAAAUACAGAACGAUUUCAGUUUCUCAGGCCUAACAAAGAUAAUUUAAAAUUCUAUACCAAUAAUAAAUUACUCAUGCCUGAGGAUUACAAGGUUAAAUCUACCAAGUAUCGUUAUAGAAUUGACUUUCUUAAGCCUUUAUACAAGAUAACAUAUGGUGACAAGGUAAUCUGGGUUUUUGACUAUUAUGAACACGAGUUUCUGCCUACCAGUCUUUACUUCACACACAUGAAUAACAUGACACUAACAUUUCCCAAUGGAGUUCGUAGAGAUGUUAAAAUCAGUGUUAACUUGUUAAAAAUGUACAAACUUCAAAAUAGUAACACUGAAAAUAGUAAGAUGGAACUGGAAGAAGGAGACUACGAGAUUAUGAAACCGGGAGAUAACAAAAGAUUUUACACUUUAAAAGAUAAUAUUAAAUGUGUUGAGGUUUGGUAUGAUGGAUACAUAGUCUGGCAAUAUGAUAAAGAGUAUCCUAUAUCAAUUUGCUGCGACUACACAUUGGACAGAGUUGACAUUAGAUUCACUAAAUAUGUAGGCUCAUUUGUCAGAUUUGAAGGCUCCAGUUCGUUUACGCAAGUUCAUUACUUCCCUAACCACUUAAAACUCUAUGCACAGGAUGAUAAAAUUGUAGAACUGGAUCAGGAUAAUUAUAGAAUUGAAGUUGUUAAUUCUACGACUGUAAAGUAUGUAAUUAAGCCUGUGAAAUAUGACCGGAUGAUAUUUGAGAAAUCACUUUUAUGGAAACAGAGAAAUGGAGCACCAAUUCCCAGGAAAAUAAUCAACAAACUUGUAAAUCCCACCAUUCUCCUGCAUCACGAUACUUCACGAAAUCAGACAAAGAUAUUAAAAUUUAAAAGAUACAAAGGAUCAUGGACACUUAACAACUUCACGAGACCAGAAAUUAUAACUCGAUAUUAUAUCACAUAUUUAUACACAUUAAACACAUACUUAGACAUUAACCACAUACUUAGUUAUCAUAAACACGAUUUUACUAUAGUAAAUAGGGUGUCAUACUGUGACUAUAUAACUAUGUUAGUGCUACUUAAUAGUAUAAAUAUUAUUGAAUUUGUUAGUGUGAAAUAG